GCCUGGCUUGGCCUCAACCUGCUUCUAGUUUCUAGGAGCUUCCACUGAGAGCUGCUAAUUUAUUAUUACGGAAUUUGCGAAAGGAUUGUUACGGGUGGUUGGGGGAUUGGGAUUAGGGUUUUGAUGGGUACAGAGAGGAAGAGGAAGGUAAGCUUGUUCGACGUGGUGGACGAUACUGUCGGUAAGAUGGCCAAAUCAAACGGAUUCGUCGGUAACAACCUCAUCAACCGAUGGAACGGGAAGCCUUAUUCGCAGAGGUAUCACGAUAUUUUGGAGAAGAGGAAGACCCUCCCGGUCUGGCACCAGAAGGAGGAGUUCUUGCAGGUUUUGAAGGAUAACCAGACUCUCAUUCUCGUUGGUGAAACUGGUAGUGGAAAAACCACUCAGAUUCCUCAGUUUGUGUUGGAAGCUGUGGAUAUAGAAACCCCUGAUAAACGUAGGAAGAUGAUGAUUGCGUGCACUCAGCCUCGGAGAGUGGCUGCGAUGUCUGUUUCCAGGCGUGUGGCUGAGGAGAUGGACGUGAAUAUUGGAGAAGAGGUUGGUUACAGCAUCAGAUUUGAGGAUUGCAGUAGCGCCAGAACAGUUUUGAAGUAUCUCACAGAUGGUAUGCUUUUGAGAGAAGCAAUGACGGAUCCACUUUUGGAACGAUACAAAGUAAUUAUUCUUGAUGAGGCACAUGAGAGGACUUUGGCUACCGAUGUGCUGUUUGGUCUUCUUAAGGAAGUGCUUAGAAAUAGACCUGACUUGAAGUUGGUUGUUAUGAGUGCAACUCUUGAAGCUGAAAAGUUCCAGGGAUACUUUAAUGGGGCUCCUCUUAUGAAGGUUCCUGGAAGACUACAUCCGGUGGAAAUCUUCUAUACUCAGGAGCCAGAGAGGGAUUACUUGGAGGCUGCUAUUAGGACUGUGGUGCAGAUACACAAAGAUGAACCUCCUGGAGAUAUACUUGUUUUUCUCACUGGAGAGGAAGAGAUUGAGGAUGCAUGCCGCAAAAUUUCGAAAGAAAUAUCAAAUUUGGGAGACCAGGUGGGUCCUGUGAAAGCAGUUCCCCUGUAUUCUACCCUUCCUCCUGCUAUGCAACAAAAGAUUUUUGAGCCAGCUCCACCUCCACUAAAGGAGGGAGGGCAACCUGGGAGGAAGAUUGUAAUAUCAACAAAUAUAGCAGAAACUUCGUUGACAAUUGAUGGUAUAGUCUAUGUUAUUGACCCUGGAUUUGCUAAGCAGAAGGUUUAUAACCCUCGAGUCCGUGUUGAGUCUUUGUUGGUAUCUCCAAUAUCAAAGGCUAGUGCUCAUCAGAGAUCUGGGCGAGCUGGAAGAACUCAGCCAGGGAAAUGUUUUAGACUUUAUACUGAAAGAAGUUUCAAUAAUGAUCUUCAGCCACAGACCUACCCUGAAAUCUUGAGAUCUAAUCUAGCCAACACUGUUCUUACCUUAAAGAAACUUGGUAUAGACGAUUUAGUGCAUUUUGAUUUCAUGGACCCUCCUGCCCCAGAGACCUUAAUGCGUGCACUGGAAGUGUUGAAUUACUUGGGUGCUCUGGACGAUGAUGGCAACUUAACCAAGCUGGGUGAGAUUAUGAGUGAAUUUCCACUGGAUCCUCAGAUGUCGAAGAUGCUCGUUGUUAGUCCUGAAUUCAACUGUUCAAAUGAGAUUCUUUCUGUUUCUGCCAUGCUAUCAGUACCCAAUUGCUUUGUCCGGCCUAGGGAGGCACAGAAAGCUGCGGAUGAAGCAAAAGCUAGGUUUGGACACAUUGAUGGAGAUCACCUCACGCUCUUGAAUGUAUACCAUGCGUACAAGCAAAAUAAUGAGGACCCUUCUUGGUGCUACGAUAACUUCGUCAAUCACAGGGCGUUGAAAGCAGCCGAUAAUGUUAGACAACAACUAGUGCGAAUCAUGGCUCGGUUUAACCUGAAGUUAUGCAGUACUGAUUUUAAUAGCCGUGACUACUAUGUAAACAUAAGAAAGGCAAUGCUAGCGGGAUAUUUCAUGCAGGUGGCUCAUCUGGAGCGGACAGGACAUUACCUGACGGUGAAAGACAACCAGGUGGUGCACUUGCAUCCAUCAAAUUGCCUGGACCACAAGCCGGAGUGGGUAAUUUAUAAUGAAUAUGUUCUUACCAGUCGGAAUUUUAUUCGAACUGUCACAGAUAUACGUGGAGAAUGGUUGGUGGAUAUAGCCCCACAUUACUAUGAUCUAUCGAAUUUUCCACAAUGUGAAGCGAAGCGUGUUCUUGAAAGGCUCUACAAGAAGCGAGAGAAGGAAAAAGACGAAGCCAGAAGUCGUAAGUGAAGUCCUACCAUCCACGCCUUUUUUGCCUUUGGAUUGGAAUUGGACCUUUAGUUUCUGCAAUUUCGUCAGAGGAAUGUUUACCUUUUUAUUUAUUACCACCUCUGAAAGACAUUCAUUGUUAAUUUAAGCGAGAAAAAGAUAGGCGGUUUCUUGUAAAGUGUAUUAGUAACAUGUUUUAUAUUCGUUGAUCUUCUGUUGUUACUUUUGACUAUUCCAUGUCUUCUUUCAUUCUUUUGGUUUAGAUACCUCA